CGGCGCGGAGGUCUCAGAACCUGAGCUGGUGCGACUGUGUUUUUCUAGUCUCCGCGAGUUUCGGCCACGGGGCGCACGGGAGCUCUUGAGUUCGGUGCGUCCUGGGCUAGGCAGGAGCACUGGCAGCCAGCCCGCCGUCAUGGCCGACCACCUGAUGCUCCCCGAGGGCUACCGCCUGGUACAGAGACCGCCGCCCACCGUGCCCGCCCAUGGCCCCCAGGCGCUCCGGACGCUGCAGCCGUACGCGGGCCCCGGCAUGGACAGCGGGUUGCGGCAGCGGGGAUCUCCGCUGGGCCCGCCGCCUCCUCCACUCGGGGCCCUGGCGUGCGGGCCCUUCGGGCCUCCGCCUGCCUUCCAGCCCUUUGCAGCCGUGCCGCCGCCGCCGGCCGCGGGCAGCGCGCACCUGCAGCCGGUGGCAACGCUAUACCCGGGCCGCGCGACCGCACCGCCCGGUGCCCCGGUAGGUUCCCCGGCCCUGCAGCCGGCCCCGGGAGCCCCGGCUCCGCCACCGCCUGUGCACGCCCUGGUAGGCAUGGACGCCGAACUCAUCGACGAGGAGGCACUGACGUCGCUGGAGCUGGAGCUCGGGCUGCACCGCGUGCGAGAGCUGCCUGAGCUGUUUCUGGGCCAGAGCGAGUUCGACUGCUUCACGGACUUGGGGUCGGCGCCGCCCACCGGCUCUGUGAGCUGCUGAGCGCGGCCCAUCGCCUACCUGGGGUGCCCGAGAGAGAACGGAUUCUGACUGCCCGCCAGACUGCGCAGCCAACACCUGGGUCCCGCACGCACCCUCCGUGAGGGUGGAGGCAGCGGGCUAGUGGACGGAGUUAACUACGGCUGGGACACCUGGCGUCACCCCAGGCCCUGCCUCCUGCAAGAUGACAGUUUGGCAUCACCUCUCUGAUCCGGAGCCUCAGCGGUAAAAAGGGCACUGGACCCCCUUUCUGACACCACAUUCUUGGACUCUAUGUCCUCUCCUCUGGGACUCUCCUUCAUCCCCCCGAUCUGAGCCAUUCCAGGCCUCUACCUGAUUCCCCCCUUUCCUUGUGCAACCCACUAUGGUCACUGGGUCCCUGGAGCUGCCCAUCCACUGGGGCCUUCACCCCCUCUGCCUGGGCCUCUCACCUUGGGGAGGAGAAGACUGUACAUACAGGCCCCCAGCAGAGUGGAGCAAUGCCCCAUCCGGCCUCCAAAAACCAAAAUAAAAUUGGGUCACUUUA